AUUGCUAGUGGUAUUAAUAAUAAUGAUAGUAGUAGCAUUACCGGAAGUUCAGGAAUAAUGAUGAUGAUUGGAAAUAAUAGAAUAAAUAGUGCUGGUAGUGGUAUAACGGCUAUGACAACAUCCACCACACCCACACCAUUAACCACUCCUACUAAUACGCCUACUACAACACCCACAAUAUCAACAACAACAACAGUUAUACAUCAUCCAUCAACUUGUUCGAAUGAUCGAUCUCAAACAGCUUGUACAUUUAAUCUAUUAUGUUAUUUAGCAAAUGGUUUACCAAUUGAAGGUUGUGAAGAUAAUCCAUCCAUAACAUGUUGUUAUUUACGUUUAAAAAAUCCAUCAUCAUUAAUGUUACAGAAAUUUUCCGAAAUAGGACCUAGUUAUUCAUUAUUUUAUCAACAACAACAACAACAACGUUUGCCAACAACAACAACAACAUCCGAAACAUCCAAACAUCAAUCAAUUUUACCGAUUAUAACGUUUGAAAAUGCUACGGCAAUGACAACAACAACAACAACAACAACGACGACAACAACAACAACACCAAUUCCACCAUUACAAUCAUCAAUAAUCAAUGAUAAUAAUGGUUAUCAUUCACCAUCAUCAUCAUCAUCAUCACCAAUGACACCGAUUCAUUUGAUUUCAAUGACCAAUAAUAAUAAUAAUAAUUUACAACAUCAUCAUCAACAUAAUCAUCAAUCGUUGUUGGGUUUUAAUUCUGGAUCAUCAUCAAACAACAACAAAUUUGAACAAUCAUUUAAUCUAAAAAAUGAUCUACUUUCAUCAUAUGAACCACAAUCAUCAAUGACAACAUUUCGUAAUCAAAAUGAAUUUGAUUAUGCAGUAUCGAAUGCAAUACGUCGUACACGGCCGGAUAAUGUAAUGAAAUCAGUAUUUCAAGAAAUUGUUAAUCGAAAAUUUUAUGCUAGAAAUUAUAAUAUUGAUGAUAUCUGUGGUAAACCAAUGUCAAAACCACGUAGCCGUAUUAUCGGUGGACAAGAUGCAUAUUUUGGUGAAUUUCCAUGGCAAGUUCAUAUUAAAAUUACUAAACAUCAAUGUGGUGGUGCAUUAGUUAAUUCAAGAUUUAUUGUUACAGCUGCGCAUUGUAUUUAUCAAGCACCUAUUCAUCAAUUAAACGUAAUAAUUGGUGCACAUGAUAUUGAAGAUCACCGGUAUCAGGAUAUACCACCACAAUAUUUUCAUGUUCAACGUGUUAUAUUACAUCCGAAUUUUCGUUUUUCUGCAAGUCAUCCUGAUCGUUAUGAUGUUGCAUUGAUUAAACUUGAUAGUCCAGUACGUUUUAGUGAUAGUGUAUUACCGGUUUGUUUACCCAUUGAAGAGAAUAGAAAUUUUGAAGGACAUAAAGGUGUUGUUACUGGUUGGGGUAAAACUGAUCCAGCAUUAAGUAAUCGUUAUGGUACACGUUUAUUACAAAAAGUUGAUGUACCAAUUAUUGAUAAUGAAAAAUGUGAAACAUGGCAUCGUACACGUGGUAUUGAUUUACGUAUUUUUUCUGAAAUGAUGUGUGCUGGUUAUGAAGAUGGACAAAAAGAUGCAUGUGUUGGUGAUUCAGGUGGACCAUUAGUAAUAAAUAUGAAUGGCCGUUGGACAUUGGCCGGUAUAACAUCAGCCGGGUUUGGUUGUGCACAAUCCCGUCAACCUGGUAUUUAUCAUCGUGUUUCACAUACGGUGAAUUGGAUUCGGCAAACAUUACAUGAUGAAGAGGAAAAAGAUAAUAAUUUAAAUCAAAUUUAAACAAAACAAAUCAAAUCAAAUCAAAA